AUGGCUCCUUUGCACCGAAGUUUGUGGCGAAGAAGUUGGGUGCUGCUGGUUUACGUGGUCGCCUUGCCGGUCGUCAUGGGAACCCUCGAGCUCCAGCUGGACGAGGAACAACCCGCGGGGACGAUCGUGGGAGACAUUAGCGCGGGACUGCCACCGGGGGUCACCGCGUCUUUGUACUUCAUCUCGGAUCACGAAGGGACUGGCGUCGGCACCGAUCUGGACAUCGACGAAAGUACUGGGAUUAUCAAAACGGCGAAAGUUCUCGAUCGCGAAAUUCGAGAUCGGUACAAUUUCAUCGCGGUUACCAUGACGGGAGUGACGGUGGAAGUUACGAUUAAGGUGAAUGAUAUAAAUGACCACGCACCAACGUUCCAGAAAAAACGCGCGUCUUUCACCAUCCCGGAGCAAACGGCAAUCGGGACGAGAUUUCCGAUUGAUCCUGCUAUAGAUGCGGAUAGGGGCCAGCUAACUACGCAAGGUUACCUAAUCAAAGAUGGCAACAUUGCGCAAGCUUUCACCUUAGAAACCAGAAGAGGAAGCAACGAGGUCCUCUAUCUAGAUUUGGUCGUUAAUGCGAUUCUGGAUCGAGAGAAACGUUCCACUUAUACGUUAUCUUUGGAAGCGUUCGAUGGUGGUUUCCCGAAAAGAACUGAUCAGAUGAUUUUGGAUAUUACCAUCCAAGAUAUCAACGACAACGCUCCUGUUUUCAACCAGAGCCGCUACCAUGCCAUAAUAUCGGAGAACCUACAACCAGGAAGCAACAUCUUACAGGUUUUUGCAACUGACGCCGACGAAGGAAGCAACGGCGUGGUUUUGUAUGAAAUCAACAGGCGCCAAAGCGACCCUGAUCGCUAUUUCGUCGUCAACCCACAAUCCGGAAUUAUAACUCUUAACAAAGCGUUGGAUUUUGAAAUGAGAAGAGUUCACGAGCUGGUUGUCCAAGCUCAAGACAACGCAACUCAACCAGAGGUAACCAACGCUUUCGUCACCAUACACGUCCGCGAUUACAACGACAAUCAACCCACUAUGACCAUUAUCUUCUUAAGUGAGGACGGGUCUCCAAGGAUAUCGGAAGGCGCUCAACCGGGCCAGUACGUCGCCAGAAUUUCCGUAACCGACCCAGAUUACGGGGAGUACGCCAACGUCAAUGUCUCCCUUGAAGGCGGAGAUGGCAAAUUCGCGUUGACGACGAAGGAUAGCAUUAUUUAUCUGAUGUGCGUCGACCAGAUUUUAGAUCGAGAAGAACGAGAUACGUAUGAACUUAGGGUCACGGCGACGGAUGCAGGGACUCCACCGCUAAGAGCCGAAUCUUCUUUUACCAUCCAGGUUGUAGACGUCAACGAUAAUCCUCCGUUGUUCGACCAGCCAGUUUAUCGCCAAACCAUACCUGAAGUUGUUUUUCCUGGAAGCUUUGUCUUACAAGUUACGGCAAGGGACAAAGACCAAGGACCAAACGGAGACAUCAGUUACAGUAUCUUACAAGACUCGGACGGCUACGCCAGCUGGUUCAGCAUUGACUCCGUUACUGGAAUUAUCACGACGCUUUCUCAGUUGGAUUACGAAAAGAACCCGAACCCGAGUAUAACUGUCAUGGCGACGGACGGAGGUAAACCGCCGUUGUCUUCCACUGCGAUCGUCAACGUCGUCCUACAGGAUAUUAACGACAACGAACCGGCUUUUGACAAGAACUUCUACAACGUGUCCGUCAAGGAGGAUGCAGCUCCAGGCACGUGCAUUCUAGAGGUGACGGCCUCAGACGCAGACGCCGGCUCCUUCGGCUCCCUCUCGUACUCCCUCCUCUCCAGCUCUCCUCUCUUCAACAUCCACAAAAGUACGGGUCAGAUCUGCACCACGGCGGCGCUGGACAGAGACCAGGGGCCCUCCAGCUACGACCUCACAGUCACCGCAGUGGACGGGGGCGGACUGAGCGCUGUGGCCUACGUGCGGGUGGACGUGGACGACAUCAAUGACAACGCUCCGAACUUCUACCCGCUGACGUACGCCGUGAGCCUGAGCACCCAGAGCACCCCGGGGACGUCUGUGGUGAGGGUGACGGCGCACGACCCAGACUCGGGCGAGCACGGCCGGGUCACCUACAGGACGGUACCGGGAGGGGCGUCGCCGUACUUCACUCUCAACAAAGACACAGGCGUCAUCUCCCUGUCACGCUCCGUCUACGGGAAGGCCAACUCCGUCAUCGCCAUGGUGAUCUCGGCCCAGGACGGAGGGGGUCUGCAGGCCCCUGUGCACGCCAGGGUCAACAUCAGCGUGGUGGCCGGCCUGGUGGCGCCCCCUGUCUUCCAGCAGGCGCAGUACUACUUCACCGUGUCCGAGGACGUGCUGCGGGGGACGGUGGUCGGGGUCGUACAGGCCAGCACCAAGACAGGUACAUCUAAAGACGUCUCCUACACCAUCAGCUCUGGAGAUCCUGCCGGCUACUUCACCGUGGACCCCGACUCUGGAGCUCUGAGGACCAACCGCUCCCUGGACCACGAAGCGCAGCCGUCUUUAGACCUCGAAGUCCAGGCUCGCAGCGGAAACCCGCCCGCCUUCGGACAAACCCGCGUCCACGUCACCAUCUCCGACAUCAACGACAACUCCCCCACCUUCCUCCCGUCCUCCUCCGAAUCCUUACUCCUUCCGGAACACACCGAAAUCGGAUCUGUCGUGUACCGCAUCCUCGCCGAAGAUCUGGACUCAGGCACUAACGGGCAUAUCACCUUUGAGUUUGCGUCGCCGGUUGGAAUACAAAGAACGUUUAGCUUGGACCGCGGAACCGGCGAAAUCCGAUUGGUUGGGAGCCUAAAUUUCGAGAACGUCCCGCGGUACGAUCUACAAGUGGUCGCCAAGGACAACGGGGUGCCCCAACUUAGCGCGACGUUUAUGCUGUUGGUGCACGUUCAAGCCGAGAACGACCACGGACCUGUUUUUGACACGUUAACCUACCGCGUCGAGCUCAAGGAAGGAACGCCGAUCAACACGAGAUUUUUACAAGUUAGAGCGCUGCAUCGGGAAAGCCCAAGCUCCGGUUUCUACAGUCCGUUGUCGUACCACUUGAGACCAGACGGAGACGCCGCCGGGUUCGGAAUAGCGGCGGACAGCGGGUGGUUGUUCGUGAAAAGCGCCAUCGAUCGGGAAGUUAAGGAUAUGUACUUGCUCACGGUGCUUGCGAGCGCGGGGCAAGGGCAAAUGAAGAAAACCGGGAGCGCUACGGUGAGGAUAUCGGUGAUGGAUGAGAACGAUAAUUCGCCGAAGUUCACCCAGGAGCGGGUCUUCAUGGCGGUGAGGGAGAAUCUGCCGGCCGGGUCAGGGUUUGGUCACGUGACUGCGACGGACCGGGACAGCGGAGCCAACGGAAAACUGAGCUAUCGCCUCAUGCAUCCGGACAGAAACUUCCAGAUCAACCCACACACAGGGGAGGUGAGCACCAGGACCAGUCUGGACCGGGAGCAGCAGUCCAGUUACCAGGUGCUGGUCGUGGUCCAAGACGGAGGCUCCCCGGCCCGCAGCGCCACCGGGACGGCCUUCAUCACCGUCCUGGACGAGAACGACAACGCCCCGUCCUUCGCCCACAGCCAGUCGGGGAAGAGCCUCGUCAUACAGGUGACAGAAGGCCAGGCGUCAGGAGCUCUACUGGGCACGCUCCAGGCCAAAGACCCCGACGAAGGAGAAAAUGGAACGGUCUUCUACUCUCUGUCAGGUCCUCGAGCCGAGCGUUUCUCCCUGGACCCGUACGGGGAGCUGCGGUCCUCCUCCCCCCUGCUCCACAGCGACCGCUCCGAGUACAGCCUGACCGCCACAGCCACAGACCGGGGCAGCCCUGCUCUCAGCGCCUCCUGCCCCGUCACCAUACAGAUUCUAAGCGGCAACAGACCUUCCGUGAAAACCAACUCCUACUCUUUAACCUUCAACUCAGUGGAGGAGACCAAACCUGGAUCGGUCAUCGGCACCAUCCGCCUUCCCAACCAGGACACCCCUCCGUUACAGGGCGAGGUCACCUACACCUUAGUUGGAGGCACCGACCGCGAUGGCACCUUCAUGCUGGACCGCCUCACCGGAGACGUCUACCUCGCCCGACCGCUGGACUACGAACAGGACCCGCGCUACACCUUACAAAUCGAAGUCGACGAUUUCUCACAAGCCCCGCCCACGAGCACCAUGGUCCAACUGGACAUCGACGUCGAGGAUAGCAAUGACCACGCGCCGAAGUUUCCAGAAGAUCCAAUCACGAUCGUCGUAUCGGAGAACGCCAAAGUUGGGUCUUCGAUUUAUACCUUCCAAGCUGUUGACAAAGACGGAAGUGGACCCAAUAGCGAACUUAGCUAUUCCAUUCUUCACCAGUGGCCAAACAAUUUACUGCGUAUUGAUCCGUCUUCUGGCGUUCUCUACCUCAGUCAGGAACUCGACAGAGAAGCUACCUCGAAUCUGGUCUUGGUGGUGAAAGCUACCGACCAAGCGACCGAUGAGACCCAAAGGAGGUGGGGGUCGGUGACUGUGAGGGUUUACGUUACCGAUGAGAACGACAACGAGCCCGUCUUCAGCUCCCCGAACGCGGUGAGUGUGAUGGAGGACCAGCCCGUGGGGUUCGUGGUGCUCUACGUGAUGGCCAGAGAUCCGGACCAGGGGGACAACGGAAGGGUCAGCUACAGCAUCCAGGACGGCAACGCUGGAGGGAUGUUCAGCCUCAACCCCAGCACUGGGUCGCUGUCUAUUUCCAAAGCCCUGGAUCGCGAGGAGCAGGACUUGUUCAACCUGACCGUGACCGCCGAGGAUCAUGGGAUACCUCCGCGGCGCUCCACCCAGACGCUGUGUGUGCACGUGGUGGACGUUAAUGACGAAGUGCCCUGGUUUGAAGAGAGCCACUACGAAGCCCGUGUGCCCGAGAACCAGCCGGGGGGAACCAGCAUCCUGUCUGUGUCUGCCACCGACCUCGACCUGGGCACCAAUGCACAGGUGACGUACGGGGGCAUUUCGGAGGACUUCUUCAAGAUCGAUCCACUCACCGGAGUCAUCAGCACCACCAAGAGUCUGGACCGGGAACAGCAGGAGGUCCACACGCUCACAGUGUACGCUAAAGACGGCGGGCUGCCCCCUAACUUCUCCAAAGCCACGGUGAAGAUCCGCGUGCUGGAUGAGAACGACCACGCUCCGGUGUUUGGACGCCUCUUCUACGGCCUGGAGGUCCCCGAGAACGCCGAGCCCCAGCCCCUGUUCACACUGAGGGCCACCGACCAGGACGCGGGCCCCGGGGGAGACAUCAGCUACAGGGUCAUAGCUGGAGACCCGUCCGGAGAUUUCCACCUGGACCGUCUCUCCGGAGUCCUGUCCACCUCUCGGCCGCUGGAUCGUGAACGCAAAGCCGGCUACACCCUCACCGUGUCGGCGUCGGACCAGGGCAGCCCUCCCCUCAGCUCCACCGUGUCCGUGGAGAUCGCCGUCCUGGACAUCAACGACCACAGCCCCCAAUUCGAAAGCGCCUCCUACACCGCCGACAUCUCCGAAGACGUGCCCAUCGGUUCGCUGGUCGUCGACGUGAAAGCGGUAGACCUCGACCAAGGCGUUAACAGCCAAAUCGUGUACUUUCUAAGCCAAGGUUCGAGGAGCAUGUUCAUCAUCGACCAGAAAACAGGCCGCAUCAUUACCGCGGCUCCGUUGGAUCGUGAAAAAGUAGCUUCGUACACCUUCGACGUUUACGCGAUUGACUCUUCGCCGGCGAAUCCGCGAAACUCCACCGCUCAAGUUACGGUUUAUAUCCAAGACGUUAACGACAACGCUCCGCACUUCAUCCAAGAUCCGCUCAUACUGAACAUUUCCAUCAACAGCGUCUCCAAUCGAAGAGUUUUGGCGACAAUGAAAGCGGAAGAUAAGGAUUUCGGCGCGAACGGCUCAGUUUUUUACCGUUUCGCCAAUCCGGUAAGAGGGUUUACCAUCAAUUCGUUGACAGGAGAUAUACAAGUGACCGAGAAGUUGCAAGGAUUGACGCAGAGCCAGAGGACGCUGAUAGUGCAAGCCAUGGACCAGGGGAAUCCGGCGCAGUCUUCUCUCGGGGUGGUGGUUGUGUACUUGAAGGAGCAGGAGUACACGGGGAUAAAGUUCUCAAGGAGCGCCAGGGAUGUCAGUCUUCAAGAGAACGCCGCUCAAGGCACAGUGGUAACUCAGACUCAGGCUCAGUAUCCAGACGGCUCCCAGACUGGCAUCAGCUACAGCCUGUUCAGCGGCAACCAGAGGAGCUCUUUUGGGAUCAACCCCAUCACCGGGGAGAUCUGGGUGCAGAAAUCUGAGGGCCUGGACUUCGAGGAGAGCCCUAGACUCCGCCUGGUGGUGAAAGCGGAGACCGCGUCCUCCAGCUCGUACAUGGCGGUGAACCUGAUCCUGCAGGACGUGAACGACAACCUGCCGCGGUUCCACCUCCAGAACUACGUGGCCUACAUCAGAGAGGCGCAGGGAUACGACUUCCCCAUUAUACAGGUGUCUGCAGAAGAUCUGGACCAGGGUCAGAACGCUCAGGUGACCUACUCUCUCCGCUCCUCCUCCAUGAGCGCUCUGUUUAAGAUCGACCCAGUGACGGGCAGCAUCAGCACGGCCGCCAUCAUGGACCGCGAGAUCUGGACCCAGACCAAGCUGGUUGUCACGGCGACGGACCGGGGCACGCCGCGUCUCGCCGGCUCCGCCACCCUGACCGUGAUCAUCGUGGACCUGAAUGACAACAGGCCCAUGAUCCCCGUGCCGAGGGAGCUCCGAGUGCCCGAGGACACCAUGAUCGGCACCAUCAUCACCACGGUGACGGGAAACGACGUGGACUCGGGGCCGGCCCUGUCCUACGCUCUGCAGCUGGACCCCGACACCCAGGGCCUGUUCGGGAUCCACCGCUUCGGGGGAGGGGUGUCUCUGACCGGGGCCUUGGACUAUGAGACCAGGUCUUGGUACAGCCUCACCAUCCACUCCUCCGACUCCAAACACCACAGCGAGGCCAACCUGACCGUGCUGGUGGAGGACGUCAACGACAACAGACCCGUGUUCACCCAGGAGCUCUAUCAGGUUACCGUGUCCGAACACCUCCCGGCGGGCAGCGCGGUCGUCACGGUAACAGCCACCGACCGAGACUCGGAAGACAACGGAAGAGUCACCUACAGGGUCGCGUCUUCAACCAGGGGAGCUUUCUACAUCGACCCCAAUAACGGCACCCUGUUUGUCAAGCAAAAGACUGAGUUUGACUUCGAGAACCCCUCCAUCCUGGUGCUGGUCGAAGCUCGGGACCACGGGACGCCUUCUCUCUCCUCCGUCGCCACCGUCCAAAUCCAAGUGUCCGACAUCAACGACAACGCCCCCAUCUUCCACCAGUCGGAAUACAGAGCCACCAUGUCCGAAGACAACCUCCCCGGCUCCACCAUCCUCACCCUGGAAGCCACGGACGGAGACCUGUCGCGGGACAACUCCGGGUUCGACUUCGCCAUCGCCAGCGGCAACUCCGGGAACGCCUUCCAGAUCGAGAGCAGCGUCCGAUUCCUGGAGGGCAAAGGGUUCCAGACGGUCGGAAGUAUCAUUCUGGUGGAAGAGUUGGACUUCGAAGCCGUGCCGAAGUAUAACCUAACUGUGGUGGUGUCCGAUCGCGGAAUACCUCAACGGAGUUCCAGCGUGCCUAUCCUUAUUAGCAUUACUGACGCAAACGACAACCCUCCCGCUUUCAGUCGGGCUGAGUACAACAUCGUCCUCAGCGAAGGUGCAGCCGCCGGUACGGAGAUCUUACAUUUAUCCGCGAACGACCCAGACUCUGCCCCCAAUGGAGAAGUGCGGUACUCCAUCAGUUCAGGCGACGAAAACGAACUAUUUCAGGUGGACAUGUGGACCGGAGCGUUGAAACUUCGGAAAACUUUGAAAAGCGAAAGCCAAUCUUCGCACAUGAUUGUAGUUCAAGCGACAGAUGGUCAGGGUCACUACGCUUUCGCCCCGGUAACUAUCGAGGUAAAGGACAUCAAUGACAACCGGCCAUAUUUCCCGCUAAAGCAAGUUACCGCAAGCAUCAGGGAGAACCAACCCAAGAAUGCCUUAGUUACCAUUUUGCACGCCAUCGACCAUGACAGAGGACCGUACGGACAGUUGAAAUACUUCAUGGUCGACAAUACUAAAGAAGGAAAGAACUCUUUUCUGAUCAACCAAACCACAGGCGAAAUACGGACUCGCUCUACUUUUGAUUUCGAAAAGGUUAACUCUUUUAAUUUCGUUGUUGGCGCGAUGGACGCCGGGAACUAUUCGGCAACGGUGACAGUUCAAGUGUACGUAACCGGAAUGGACGAGUACGAUCCCGUUUUUACUUCUCCUGAGUUCUUGUUCGAAGUGCCUGAUGGGGCAAAGAAAGGACAGGUUAUCGGCAGAGUCCAAGCCAAAGACGAGGAUGGGGGUGUAGACGGAGUCGUGCUCUACUCCAUGCUCGACCCAUCUCCUUAUUUUGAAGUGAACAAGUCUAACGGAGAGAUUUCGCUAAAGAUGGACAGCUACAGUCGCCAAGUUAGCCGUUCGAAAAGAGAGCUGCGCCAAAUGACUCUAGAAGUUACAGCGCAUAGUCCCUUGGAGACAUCCCGAGUUGCAGUUGCCAAAGUCAUCGUAGACGUCACGAAUACUGCGUUUGGCAUUCCUACCGACAUGAAUACAGUGCUUGUUAGUGUCAUCGCAGUAUCGCUCGGCACCAUAGUCAUUCUAAUACUCAUCGCUUUAGCUUUGUUUUUCAUGAAACUGAGACGUCAAAGAAAGUACCACAAGGGCCACGGGCGAAAGUCAGGGUCCAGCACGAUGAUGCAUCGGUUUGAGGAGACCAAAAUUGCCGCGAAUGAAAUUAUCUAUCACCAAGCUCUCCCGGGAUAUACAACCGAAAGUAGCAGUAACGCCGGUCCUUUCACCCGUGGUGGAUCUUUGGACCCGUCCCACUCCAGCGGGCGAGGUUCGGCAGAGGCGGAAGCAGCAGAGGAUGAUGAAAUCCGAAUGAUCAACGAAUAUCCUCGAGUUUCCAGUAUUUCCUCAUCCAUGCAGGAACGGAUAUCAGCCAGAGGUCCUGAUUCCGGGAUCCAGCAAGACGCGGAUCAGUUAUCGGAUGUGUCCUGCGAGCCAUCCAUCGACGCUAGCGGGUGGUUCAAGAAGAAAAGCGGCAGUCUAAACGGGUCCAUAGUGUCCGGUUCCAUGUACAGGGAUGACGCGAGUAGCUAUGUGAGCGUUGGAAGAGGGCUCAGCAUCUCCCACCCAAAGGACUACACCUUCCCGGCGGAUGGUAAACCGGCAGUCGACGGAUCUCUGACGGCAAUCGUGGCGACUGACGAGGAGCUAAGAGGCAGCUACAACUGGGACUACCUCCUCAACUGGUGUCCGCAGUUCCAACCGCUCGCCAGCGUCUUUACUGAAAUCGCGCGGUUGAAGGACGAAACCGCCCCGCAUCAUUCCCGUAGGCAUUUCCUCCACAAGGCUAAACUAACGGAGUCCAGAAUCGACCCGCCGCCUCUCAUCACCUCAGUGGCUCAUCCCGGGGCUAAGACUGUACCUCCGAAACCCGCCGUUGGAAGGACUUACCCGCACCUGGGGUCUUUUCGGAGGUCCCCCCUUAGCGACCAGGGAUCUAUCUCGUCAGUUGCCAUGUCGCCAAGCUUCUCGCCGUCCCUGUCCCCUCUGGCGGCGCGCUCCCCGGCCGUCACCCCGUUCAGCGUCUCACAAGGACCGUCUGCGUCUGUCAUAAGCGCAACCGACCACCACCUCGAACACAGCGAGGAGGUGGAGCUGAGGAUUUGAGCGAACUGAACUCUCGUGCCCCAUAGUUGUUGUAUACGGAAGCCCUUUUCUGCGGACAAACAUGUUCAAAGUAGUGAUUUUCAGUUGGUUUGUAAUUCAUGGAGGUUUUGUAUCUUUUGGCUCUAAAA